AUUGGGGAUAUGAAUGCAGCGCAGCGGACGAUGUUAUGGUGUUGCAGUAAAAUUAAAUAGUGUGGCGCUGUUUAGUGUACAAGUUGUAAUCAACGAGUGUUCAUGUAUCUACUGAAGAGGUUGGCGGGUUUUGCUGAGAUGUCGCGUCAAUGGGCAAAAAUAGGAAACAAGUUGGAGGCGUUUGGUGGUGGAGUCGCACUGGAGGGGAAGCCCAUGCAGACGCUGACGGUUGUAUGACACCUGCUGUAAGCAAGUCAUCUAGAUUUCCGCCUUGCGGCAACGACACAUUUUUGUCUCUCUGGUUGUUUAAAAAAAAAAACCUGACGAUGUUUUCCGACGAGAUCCGUACAGAGGAGCAAAUUAAUCACCUCAAUCGUCAUGAGUACACUCGCACUGGCCGCACGUUUGUGGAGCCCUUUAUGGAACCAUAUUGGUGGUGGCCCGUGGCCGACUUGGUUCCAAGGACCAUCAAUGCUAACGUUAUAUCAGUCUUUGGUGUGAUUCUUAACAUCAUCAGCACAGUGGUACUCAUGUACUAUGCUCCGACUGCAACUGAAGAGGCUCCACGCUGGGCGUACUCACUGGCUGGCGUGAACAUCUUUCUCUUCCAAACCUGCGACUCUGUGGACGGGCGGCAGUGUUUGAGGUACAAGACAAAGCUGAAUUGGCAUCUGCAGCUUGCUGAACUAUUCGACCAUGCUUGCGACUCGAUCACCAAAGUGUGUGUCACCAUUGAAUUUGGUAUCUGCAUGAAGAUAGGCGGUCGGCCAGAACUCUUUGUACCGUUUAUGCUGACGGCAAUGUUCAUGUUUUUCACGGCACACUGGCAGACCUACAUCUCUGGAUUGGUGCGAUUUACCACGUUUGAUGUACUUGAAGCUCAGCAAGCUCUGUGCUUUGGCUAUCUGGCUACAGCCGUCAUGGGCCCAGAUAUCUGGGCCAAAAAGGCAUUUGCGUUGGAGUGGAGGGAGCUGAUAAUAAUUGCAACAGCGAUGUCGAGCAUUUUAAAGUUUUUCAACCAAGCUGCCUUUGUUUGGGGACGGGGCCACCGUGUCACAGUUGCUGGCACUAGUAUGUUAGGACCAUCACUGCAUAUCGCCACAGCCUUUCUGCUUACAAUUGUCACCAAGGUCAUGACCAAUCUUUAUGAGCGUCAACCCUGUGUCUUCCUGAUCAUCUUUGGACUGAUUGAGGCCAAGAUGUCCAACCAGUUCAUGACUGCCUACAUGUACAAGUCCAAGGUGAAGCUUCUUGAUAGCACACUUCUCGGUCCGCUGAUCCUGUGUGUAAACCAUCUACUGAAUGAACCUAUCCAGGGAUACGCUCUGCUCUGGAUAGUCAUGGUGUACUGCGCAGCGGAUUGGCUGUUGUACUUUAGACGUGUCAGUCUGGGGAUGUGCCGCCUGUUGCAAGUCACAUGCUUUGGAUCGUACAAAUUUGAAGAUUAAUAAAUCAAUUAGGUAUUACUGAACAGCAA